GGGACCGCACCAAGAUCAAUAAAUGAAACCUUUCUUCAACUUCACUCAAAUGUUCUUACCACCUUUAGCUACUUGUUUUGCGUCGUGUUACUCAUUAUUCACUAUCAGAAUAUAGUACCAGCAUAAUGUCAGCAAGGGUAACAAAACCCAAAAGGGGGAGAAAGCCCAAUUCCAAAAAGAAUCAGGAGGAGGAAAUAAUAACUACGCAAGACAUUGAUAGCGAAUACGAGAAUAAUAACAAAGUACAAAACAAUACCAACGCACUCAAGUUCAUUCAAGGCAACGGUCUGGGUCAAGCAGUCUUGAAAAACUAUUACAAAGUUCAAACAGAAGACCUUGAGGCGGGAUUUUUGCCUGCACACAUAGACGACCUUUCAUUGCACAAUGCUGUUAAAAACAACUUGCAUGAAUUAUUUUCUACAGAUUUCUACGAGGAGAUAAAGGAGCCCAAAUUACAAUUAUCUGACUCCAAAACAUACGAGAGCAAUUUUAAGCUUGACAAUAAUUUAGAAUUUCAGUUCAAUAAUAACCAAUCAGAGGUAUUAGAGCCCUGUCAGGCCUUGCAUUACCCUCUAAAUGAACGGAACUUCAGAAAUGGAUUUGUCUUCAAUACUGGCGGACUCCCACUGACUAUGGCGUGGUGUCCACUAAAAAAUGGAAGCUGGCGUUACUUAUUCGUUAUUAUAGUUGAUAAGAACUCAGCUAUAAGUGAGUUCACUGAUAACAAAUCUCUACUCACAAUACUAGAAGUCUCUAGUGAAACCGGAGAAUUCCAAAUAAAUAAGCAGAUCAUGCUUGAUUCUGUAGCUAAGGAAAUUGAAUUUUCUUUUGUAUCUGCAGCUGCAAGCACAUUGCUUAAAUUGACAUUGUCUAGUGGUUCUGUUGACGUUUGGAAAAUUAGUCCCGAGUUUUUCUUUAAUCCCGGAGUAAAGAAGAAUAAGCCUGCUAUCUAUACCCUGGAAUCUAGACAUUUGACUUUCACUAUACCGAACAAUCAAUUGCUCAUCACUACAUCAGCUUUCACAUCUACAAAAACUUUUGUUUUUGGUACAAAUCAUGGAUACAUCGGUCAAUUUUCUAUCGAUUCUCAAAAAUUGGACUACUUAAUAUCUGUAAAAUUGCCAGCUAUCACACACAUCAAAACUGCUUUUCCUACGCAACCUGGUGAUGAUUUUUUGACCAGCUUCGUUGAAGCUGCAGACUUCAGUAAUUAUUUGAUACGAUUGCCAGUUCCAAAUAAAAAGUCAUGUCUGAUUAAUGUCCUUAAAACUUAUGAUAUACCUACUAACAACAAAGAGCUACAGUUCGACAAGAAUUCAAUUCAUUUGAACAAUCUUAACUCAUUUUUGAACAUUGAAUGGCCAAUUACAAUCAAAAAGAUAUCUAUCGACAACCCGAACAAUGUAACGAAAUUCAAGAUCGCCAACGACGACGACAUCAAUUGCCUAGCUAAUCAAAUAUAUUAUGACGAUGGGAAAAUCAGUGAUGGUCUCAUCUUAUUAACAGGUCAUACUAAUGGAUCACUCAGGCUGUCAAAUUACUUGAAUUUGUUAACAAAUACAGAGAAAAGGGUACAGGUUUCCACAUUGAAACUAUUACAACUGAACAAAUCCGUUACAACUGAAAAUAAGUACUGGCUGGACUUGUGCUCAAAAAUUGAUAAAAUUGGAGAAAGUACAGUUGUCAAAUCUAAUAAUAAACAGUCGUCGAUUGGUCGAACGAAGGAGUUGCGUAAUGUUAAUCCAAAGGAACUAUGUCCUCUGAAGCUUUCUAUGUUAGAAAACGCCGUUGCAAGUAUAUGGGGCAAUGGAUUGCUAAUCAUCGAGCAGUUAACUUUAUAAUCAUAUAAGCC